UCCCGCGCCCCGGGGCCCGUCGCCUGGACCGGGCGGGCCCCCAGCCAAUACCCCGCCUCCCGCAGCCUCGGGCGGCGCCAGCUUUCCGGGGCGGAGCGCAGCCCGCCGUCUGCACCCCUGGGUCCUGGUUCCUCGGCGCCACUUUCCAGGCCGGGCUCCCUUGAGCCCCCUCUCCACCCGGGCCCUUCUGCGCCCCACCCAUACCCCUCCGCAACCCCUCUACACCCACCCGGGCCCCUCCGCAGCCCCUGUCCACCCCGGGCCUCUCUGCGCCCCCUUCGAGGGCAGGCCCCACUGCGCCCUCCGGGGCGGGGCUCCCCGCCAUGACCCCCCAGGGGCUCCUGCUGGCGCUGCUGCUGCUGGCGCUGCCCCCCCCUCCCGGGGGCCCGACCCUCGACCGCCCCCGCUCCGGGGACCCGGUGAACCCAGAGAAACUGCUGGUGAUCACCGUGGCCACCGCCGAGACCGAGGGCUACCGGCGCUUCCUGCGCUCGGCUGAGUUCUUCAACUACACUGUGCGGACCCUGGGCCUGGGCGAGGCGUGGCGAGGGGGCGAUGUGGCCCGCACCGUGGGCGGGGGGCAGAAGGUCCGCUGGCUCAAGAAGGAAAUGGAGAAGCACAAGGAGCGCGAGGACCUGGUCAUCAUGUUCGUGGACAGCUAUGAUGUCCUCCUGGCCGGCAGCCCCACAGAGCUGCUCAAGAAGUUUGUGCAGAGCGGCAGCCGCCUGCUCUUCUCGGCCGAAGCCUUCUGCUGGCCCGAGUGGGCGCUGGCUGAGCAGUACCCGGACGUGGGCGCCGGCAAGCGCUUCCUCAACUCCGGGGGGUUCAUCGGCUUCGCCCCCACCAUCUACCACGUGGUGCGCCAGUGGAAAUACAAGGAUGACGACGACGACCAGCUCUUCUAUACGAGGCUCUACCUGGACCCGGGACUCAGGGAGAAGCUCGGCCUGAAUCUGGAUCAUAAGUCUCGGAUUUUUCAGAACCUCAACGGGGCUCUAGAUGAAGUGGUCCUCAAGUUCGACCGGAAUCGAGUGCGGAUCCGGAACGUGGCCUAUGACACACUGCCUGUCGUGGUGCACGGGAACGGGCCCACCAAGCUCCAACUCAACUAUCUGGGGAACUAUGUCCCCAAUGGCUGGACCCCUGAGGGGGGCUGUGGGUCUUGCGAGCUGGACUGGAGGCCACUUCCAGAGGAGCAGCCUCUCCCGCGGGUGCUGGUGGGCGUGUUUGUGGAGCAGCCCACCCCGUUCCUGCCACGCUUCCUGGGGCGCCUGCUGCAGCUGGACUACCCCCCUGACAGGCUUAGCCUCUUCCUGCACAACAGUGAGGUCUACCAUGAACCCCACAUCGCCGAGGCCUGGCCGAGGCUACAUGAGCACUUCUCGGCCGCCAGGCUGGUGGGGCCAGAGGAAGCCCUGAGCUCGGGCGAGGCCCGGGACAUGGCGCUGGACAACUGCCGGCAGGAUCCUAACUGUGACUUCUACUUCAGCCUGGACGCCGAUGCCAUCCUCACCCACCCACAGGCCCUGCGCCUCCUCAUCGAGGAGAACAGGAAGGUGAUAGCUCCCAUGCUGUCCCGCCACGGGAAGCUGUGGUCCAACUUUUGGGGGGCCCUGAGCCCCGACGAGUACUACGCCCGCUCAGAGGACUAUGUGGAGCUGGUGCAGCGGAAGCGCAUGGGUGUGUGGAACGUGCCGUACGUGGCCCAGGCCUACCUGAUCCGGGGGGACACGCUGAGAUCCGAGCUGCCCCAGAGGGAGGUGUUCUCAGCCAGCGACUCGGACCCGGACAUGGCCUUCUGCAAAAGCCUGCGGGACAAGGGCAUCUUCCUGCACCUCAGCAACCGCCAGGAGUUCGGCCGCCUGCUGGCCACUGCACGCUAUGACACUGACCACCUGCACCCCGACCUCUGGCAGAUCUUCCACAACCCCGUGGACUGGAGGGAGCAGUAUAUCCAUGAGAACUACAGCCGCGCCCUGGAGGGGGAUGGGCUUGUGGAGCAGCCCUGCCCAGAUGUGUACUGGUUCCCGCUGCUGUCCGAGCAGAUGUGUGACGAGCUGGUGGAGGAGAUGGAGCACUUUGGCCAGUGGUCGGGAGGCCGGCAUGAGGACUCCCGGCUGGCAGGCGGCUACGAGAACGUGCCCACGGUGGACAUCCACAUGAAGCAGGUGGGCUAUGAGGACCAGUGGCUGCAGCUGCUGCGCACCUACGUGGGGCCCAUGACCGAGCACCUAUUCCCCGGCUACCACACCAAGACCCGCGCCAUCAUGAACUUCGUCGUCCGCUACCGGCCGGACGAGCAGCCAGCACUCCGGCCGCACCACGACUCCUCCACCUUCACCCUCAACGUGGCGCUCAACCGGAAGGGGCUAGACUACGAGGGUGGCGGCUGUCGCUUCCUGCGUUACGACUGUGUGAUCGCGUCCCCGCGGAAGGGCUGGGCACUCCUGCACCCCGGCCGGCUCACCCACUACCACGAGGGGCUCCCCACCACCUGGGGGACCCGAUACAUCAUGGUGUCCUUUGUGGACCCCUGACACUUAGCCACUCAUCCGCCAUCAAGCCUUCCUGCCGCGGUGCCUUCUGGGGGACCCCUUCCUAAGGAGGGGGGGUUCUGUCCCCAGUGUGCGUCCUGUGUGUCUGGGACUGAAUGUGUCCCCUCCCCUCGACCCCGCCACACGGCUCUCUCAGGAAGCUCCCAGAGCCCCCCAGCCCAGCUCCCGCCUGGGCACCCCCAGGACUCCCCCUGGGGAGAGGACGGGGUAGGGGUUCCCCACGUGAUAAGUUAUUUUCUCAUCCCCUGCCCCUCAAUAAAGGAGGAUUUGUAACUGUG